AUGCUCCUCUCUCCUCACCUUGCGCGCUCCUCUCGCCACCCCUCGCGUGCUCCUAUCACCUACCCUCGCCAUCUCCCCUCGGACAGGUGGGGUGCUCCUCUCUCCUCACCUCCCGUGCUCCCCUCAGACAGGUGGGGUGCUCCUCUCUCCUCACCUCCCGUGCUCCCCUCAGACAGGUGGGGUGCUCCUCUCUCCUCACCUCCCGUGCUCCCCUCGGACAGGUGGGGUGCUCCUCUCUCCUCACCUCCCGUGCUCCCCUCGGACAGGUGGGGUGCUCCUCUCUCCUCACCUCCCGUGCUCCCCUCAGACAGGUGGGGUGCUCCUCUCUCCUCACCUCCCGUGCUCCACUCGGACAGGUGGGGUGCUCCUCUCUCCUCACCUCCCGUGCUCCACUCGGACAGGUGGGGUGCUCCUCUCUCCUCACCUCCCGUGCUCCCCUCUGACAGGGCAGGGUGCUCCUCUCACCUCACCUCCCGUGCUCCCCUCGGACAGGGCAGGGUGCUCCUCUCUCCUCACCUCCCGUGCGCCCCUCUGACAGGUGGGGUGCUCCUCUCUCCUCACCUCCCGUGCUCCCCUCGGACAGGUGGGGUGCUCCUCUCUCCUCACCUCCCGUGCUCCACUCUGACAGGGCAGGGUGCUCCUCUCUCCUCACCUCCCGUGCUCCCCUCUGAUAGGUGGGGUGCUCCUCUCUCCUCACCUCCCGUGCUCCCCUCUGACAGGGCAUGGUGCUCCUCUCCUCUCGCCUCCCGUGCUCCCCUCUGA